CGGCAUGAAGAGUUACCCAUGCAGAACAUUCUUGUUGCAGUCUCUAAUAAUUGCAGACCACAACAGAGGUUAACCACUUUGAAAUCUCCAUAGUUGCUAUAAUACAAAACUCCAACACACAGCAGAAAUCCCUAUAAAUAAACAUUCAUGAAAUUUGAAACACCACACUCAAGACAGUAAUAGUAAUAUUGAUUUUAAUCAUAACCUUAAUCAUGUCUUCCACCACCUUUAAAGUAGUCACACUGAUCAUAUCAGUUUUCAGCAUCAUGCAGAUAUCUUGUGGUGGUGACCCUGACAUUCUCACAGACUUCAUAGUUCCUCCCAACACCACUCUUGAUGGCAACUUCUUCACCUUCACAGGCUUCCGUUCCUUGUUUUCACCCAACACUCUCUCAGCUUUCAAAGUGCAGAAAGCAAGCAGAGCAGAAUUUCCUGCUGUUGAUGGACAAAGUGUUUCAUAUGCAGUGCUUGAAUUCCCCGGUGGGAGUGUGAACCCUCCACACACACACCCUCGUUCUGCAGAGUUACUCUUCAACGUUCAGGGUUCUCUUCAAGUGGGGUUUGUGGACACAACCAAUAAACUCUUCACUCAGACACUAAAAACUGGAGAUGUGUUUGUUUUCCCAAAGGGUCUGGUGCACUUCCAGUACAAUUCGGAUUCUCAGAAGCCUGCAGUGGCCAUAUCUGCCUUUGGAAGUGCCAGUGCUGGGACUGUGUCGAUUCCAAGCACCCUCUUUAACACCUCCAUUGAUGACAAUAUCUUGGCUUUGUCCUUCAAGACUGAUGUUUCCACCAUUCAAACUUUGAAGAAAGGCUUUGCUCCCUAAGAGAGUGAUGAUGGAUGGAAUCAACAGCUUCCACAGUGUGACAUUUUGCUUGUUUUGUUAACAGCAGUGUAUUUUGCAGUUCAAUAAUGAGCAGUUCUAUAAAGGGGUGUGAGAUGCAGAAUGCUUGAUCCAAUUAUUGCUGUAAUUGUAAUCUCCCCAAAUGCAAUAAAGAACCUUUUUUUUUUGUUACUA